AACACCACCAGUCCCACUAGCAAAGCAACUGGAGAAGAGAGUGAGGAAAAGAAAAAUUAUCAAGGAAAACCGUGCAGCAGGUGGGAAACUCCUCAGCUAAACCAAGGUGUAUGUUCUCGAAAGGAUUGUAAAGGUCUGUGCAAAAUCACCCAUUAUGAGUACUUCGGCUACACCGUUCUUCCUCCCAAACGCAAACAGCCAGGUUCAAGGAGCCAACCACAGCAGUGCUGCAGGCAAGGCAGAGCCAUCGUACGCCGUCCUCAAGUUCAUGGAGAGUUUCUGCCUCAUCAGCGCCGCCUGCGGGAUGGUGGGAAAUGGCAUGGUCCUGUGGUACCUCGGCUUCUGCAUCCGCAGAAACCACUUCACUGUCUACAUCCUAAACCUGGCCGCUGCUGACUUUGGCUAUCUCCUCUGCAUCGCCAUUGAGACCAUCCAGUACCUGAUGCAGUUCAACGUAGGGGUACAGUUUGGGAUAUUCCUCUUCCUGGAUCUUUUCAUGUAUGGGACCGGCUUGUACCUCCUGACAGCCAUCAGCAUUGAAAGGUGCCUGUCCGUCCUCUGCCCAAUCUGGUGCCGAAGCCACCGCCCAAAGCACUUGUCUGCCAUCAUCUCCGGCCUGCUCUGGGGCCUCUCUCUGCUCCUGAACACGGUCGGCUACAUUUUGUGCUCCAUUCACCCCUCUGGCAGCUGCCGGGUCCUGCUCAUUGCCAUUGGCGUCUUGGAUUUCCUCGUCUGCACGCCCCUCAUGCUGUUCUUCAGCCUGACCCUCUUCCUCAGAGUCAAGUGCAGCUCCCAGAACUUCCGAACAGGACGGCUCUUCACUGUCAUCAUGCUCACCGUGCUCUUCUUCCUCAUUUUUGCCGUGCCUCUGAGCGUCCUCAUCCUCUUUGACUUCUUGGGCUACAAAUUCCUCUACUCGCCCGAGAUUGGCUUUGUGCUGUCCUGUGUGAAUAGCACUCUCAACCCCGUCAUUUACUUCCUUGUGGGGAGCUACAGGGAUCGGAGAAUCAAGUUCACCCUCAGGCUGGCAUUCCAGAGGGCCUUUGAAGAUUCGGGUGAUGACAAAGAGGAACGGGAUACCCGAGACACAGUAACUAUGUCCUCCUAACAUCCUGCUGUGCCCACUCAGUAACAGUGCUCCGGAGAUGAGAGGCGAUCGUUUACAGAACUGAACAACUCUGAGGUAUCGCGGGGAGGCUCACCUCACCCAACCUUCAAAGCCUUCGUUCUGAACGUCUGCCCUCUCACUGGUUAUUUGAAGCUCUGUCCAUAUUAGGACCGCGUUUCUUCUCAGCAGCCGUUGCAUGAUUUCAGAAUGAUAAGGCGAAAUGUCUCGAUGGCUGCAUUUCAUCACAGGAAGCCUGCUCGGUUACCACUCAAUAAAGCUCUGUUUUUCAGAGCAUUAAUAUUCAGUCACUUUUUUUUACUCAGAUCUCUGACGAUGACAGGGGAUCUGUGAUCUUCCUGUUGAAAUCAGAUAAGAAAUUCCCAGAAGAAAGCCCAAUUCCCUUAAUUUUAAGUAUUUGUAUGUCAGCACCACGUGCAAUCUUUGCGGCUCAUGGGGUGAAGGAUUCUUCGCUUUCUAACGUGAGAAUUUCAAAUGCUGAAAUGCUUCAUGUCCUAGAAGUCUCUGUCUCAAAUUAACUGAAGAGCGUUUCACACCACAGAGUUGUGAUGUGGUGUGAAAGAGCUCCAAGUACAUACCCAAAUUUGCAACAAAUUCCUUUCCAGACCCAAUCCCUGGACGCAUAAGAUGUGAUUAUUUGCAAUGUUAGACUAUCACACUGCACAAUUUUUGCUCUUUUAACCUAAAUCAAUAGAAUAAGACAAUACAAGACAUUUUCUUUGAGAAACCUUGCUGAUUUCCUCUUCACACACUCAUCUGCAAAUAGUUUCUUAAGGGAAGCUGCAUUCUUCUACUGUCUAUCCUCUUUUCUCUGUUCAUUUGCCUUUGUUUUAAAUACUGAAAAAUACCACUUAAAAAUAGUGGUCACCCUAACGUCUGUGGUUGCUUUUUGCUUCCUGUUUACAGUUUUUAAAGCUGAAAAUGGAGUCCCAUUUCUAUUAUUCUUUAAUUUUUAAUGCCAUUUUCCUGCAGCGUACACACACUUGAUUCAGACUAGGCCUAUGUCCUCUGUUGUUUUUAGUAAGAUUUUCUUUUCUUCUAACUUCUACUGAUGGGGGGGGGGGAAGAGACCAUCCAUUUAUCUGAAAGCAUGUUAAAAUGUAUUUUUUUUAAUAUCUGUAAUGAUUUUAUCACUGGGAGAGAAGAAGCUCAGCUCAUUUCCUUUACUAUUAAAAAUGUUCCCAAUUUUUUUUUUUAAUGGAAAACAAGUUCUAUUAAAAACUAAACAUUCAUCUUCUCAGAAGCCAUCGACUGAUCAAAACCUACAGAAUGUAAACUGUGAAGAACUUUCCAUCCUGACAGUUUGUCCCUAUACGUACCUAUCAUGAAGACAAUUGCCAUUCAGAGCAAACACACCUUCUGCCUCUUACCUUGGCCAUUUAAAAGGUGAUGCUUGAAUGUAAAUGACAAUUGUAGACACCCUCGACCAUGCAUGGUUUGAGACAGGCAUUCUCUGUCCAGUUUGUCCUCUGAAUUGCUCAGCAUCUCAACGGAAAGAUGCUCAGGCACCCAGAAGAUCAAUGGUCACGCAUCAGAAGAGUACGUUCACCAGAACCCCUUAAAAAAGCCCACAUUUCUGUCUCCCUGGGGACAACUGAAAGGAGACAAGCAUCCCAGGGUAUAAGAUUUGCAUGUGCUCCUCAGAAUAGUCCAUGUGCCAGCAGCACGAAGAGUCUGAGAGGGAUGGCAGCGCCUGUUCCUUGACUGCAGCAGACUUAACUCCGCUCCUCUGAGAAGACACCAGAGUUUAAAAUAUCCAUUUUAUCAUUGAGUUCAGCACAUACAUUCCCGUAUUGGGCCCUGCCAGCAUGGGUUCACAAAAGGCAGGUCCUGCUUGAUCAACCCGAUUUCCUUCUAUGAUUAGCUGACCCACCUGGUGGAUGAGGGAAAGGCUGGUGACGUAGUCUACCUAGACUUCAGCAAAGCCUUUGACUGUCUCCCACAGUGCUCUGGAGAAGCUGGCAGCCCCUGGCUUGUACAGGUACACUCUUUGCUGGGUAAAGAACUGGUUGGAUGGUCAGACUCAAAAGGAGGUGGUGACUGGAGUUAAAUCCAGCUGGCAACCAGUCACGUGCGGUGUUCCCAGGGAUUGGUAUUGGGGUUGGCCCGGUUUAAUAUCUUUACUGAUGAACUGGAUGAGGGGGUUGAGUGCACUCUCUUUUAAGUUUGUAGAUGACACCAAGUUGGGAGGAAGCAUCAACCUGACAGAGGGUAGAAAAGCCAUACAGAGGGAUCUAGACAGGCUGGAUUGAUGGGCUGAGGCCAAUAGGAUUAUAACACAAUGGGAAACAUAAGGAUGCCACAGGAAGGAAGGGGAAUCAACUACUGAGAAGGUUACAUCGUCCUGUUUGAAGAUGAGAAUCAGGAUUGGCUAACUGGGGACAGGAGGAGGGGCAAUGCCUCUAGACAGGUUUCUUUUGCACUAUUUAGGGGUUUCAUAAGCUCACAGCCAAGUGGUGUCUCACGACCCACAGAGCAACUUGGGAUCAGGUGAAAAGGAAAGCAGAGGAGGAACAACAGCGCAAACAGGCUUGCUGGUGAGAACGUUUCAGAAGCCCACUGCAGGCCCUACAAGUUGUAUGCUUUAAAAGCUUAACAUGGUCACCCAGCCCUACCCCAGGCUGGAGACAGACAGCAUUUCAAACUAAGCGUCUGCAGGCUAGAAGUCGUAUAAAAAAGACUUGGUCUGACACUAAAUUCUGCUUGAUUUUAACUAAGAGAGAUGACAAAGUCAAGUAAUCACAUCACAAGAUUUGGGUCAGAUCUGCUCAAAGGGAAUUCUUGAACGUGAAGGCAGAGGAAGACCCUCGCUUCCUAAUAGUAUGGCACCUGGAGCCUGAGGGUGACUUGUCCCUCUGAGGCCAACACCUAUCCAUUCUACAACUUGCACAAACACGUAGUUAGAAGUCUCUCUUCAUCACCCCAUGUACACUGGGACAAGCCAUUGUUCUCCGUGGGGUGCAGUGGAAUUAGUAGGUCACAGCCUGAACCAAUGGUUAAGCACCAGGUGAGAAGCUGUGGCUCACCCAGGGAGCUCAGGUGCAAGCCAUGCACCUAAGUGACUGGAACGGGUGGAACCUGGAUCCACCCCUCCUCGCCUUCCUUUAAGGGUUAGCAGCCAAGGGAGUAGCAUCUCUCUGGAUAGAGAUUGCAUUUCUCUUGAACUAUUGCUGAUCAUUGGAAGGGGUGAGCGUAUUUUCCUUCUUUAUUACCUGUUUUUGCUCUGUGGUGCCUGUAUGCCCUUUGAAGGCACUAUCAUCACUUUCUUUCACCAUACGUGGUUUCAAUGGCAGUAUGUGGGGUAAGGCACUGCCCACAAAGUGCAUGUUGAAGGGAAAGUUGGGAAAGUGUAUGCUUUCCCUUAGAGUAACCUAGUCCCAGUCAAAUCUGAUUUCACAAGAAGGACAAAAUGAAACAGAAUGCUGCUCUUCUUCUGAGAAUUUCCCACUAUCGCUUCUUGACUUCUCAUACAUCCAUAGCUUAGGAGCAUUUGGCUCCAGUACAAAUGCAUAAAAAGAUUCCAAAGAUUCAAGAUGCGUACCAGUGCAUCACCGGUGACUGAAUCUCUGGGAGAUGAUUUGCUCCCCACCUAACCUAAGAGCAACCAGAGCAGAAAUGUGACCCUGCCCCACAAUAUAAAAGAACCCCAUUCUCAACUGCUGCUGACUUCACCCCAUCCUAGCCCAUGCUCCUUCCUGUCAGCACCUGCUCUGCUGUGCUUGCACUAAAGAGCACACAAAUGAAACCUGCAGACAGAAACACCUUCCCCACCUUCUCUACUAUUUUCUUUUUCCAAAAAUCCAAUGGGAUGAAUUAGAAACCAAGAGAGAGACAGCCUGAAGCAAACUCCAGAUCGCAGAGAGCUCAAUUCAGCUGCACAGGCAAGCAUCUGAGGACCAAGUUCACCAAUUCCUCACCAUUCAUGUGCUUUGUGGUGUUCUGUCUCUCUGUUGUACCUUUUUCUGGCCCCUCUCAUAGACAUACACACAUGCACAGUCCCUCUGCAGCCAUGUUUGUCCAUCUCCUAUUACCCUAGGUAGCAAUGUUCUGCUUACUUUUCUUUUUUCCAGUGAACAGUUUUAUUCUUCAGCUGUGUAGACUGCAUGAUCCUCUCACUGGCAUCGUGGGGCAGCUGUCAGAACAGCUGUGUGAGGUGUGAGCAGGCAGAUGAUCUGCUCUGCCUUGUGCCUGCUUCACUCCCCCAGGUACCUACAUACAACAGGUAUGAGGCUCUGGAUGUGGUAGGCCUGCCUGUGGGCGAUAACAGCCCACAAACCAACCAAAGCAGGAAAAGCCUGCCCCCAGCAUCAAGGCUACAUCCUUGAAGAAGAGACGGGUUGGAGGUAAUUCCUACCUACAGGGAACUGAAUGACCAACAUGCUGAGCAGACCUUCUUCUUAGAGAAGGCUGCUGUCUUCCUGGGGCUCAGGUGAGGGACAUCACCAGGAAACUGCCUAGCCUGGUACAGCCAACAGACCACAACCCCUUACUGCUUUUCCAUAUAGAGAGAGAUGAAGCAGCUACGUGUGGGUCAAGGGCUAUCAAAAGGGACUUCGGGGCCUUGGGAUGACGGCUAAAGGAGUGUAAUGCACAGAUCAUCUUUUCCUUCUCCACCUUCUGUAUUGGCUAAGGACAUGGAAACCAAUCAAAGGAUCUUGUCUUUAAAUAUCUUGCUUCGUGGCUGGUGCCAUCACAAGAGCUUUGUUUUUUUUGACAACCAAACAGCCUACGCGGCACCAGGUUUGCAGGCACCGGAUGGGGUUCGCAUUUCUCAAAGGGGAGGAGAAUCCUCGGGGAAAACUAGCAGGGCUCAUUGGGAGGGCUCUAAACUCGGUCUGAAGUGGGACAGGGGGAUAGUGAGCCUUCCCAUGACGAGGUGCGGGAUGGCAUAG